CCCGCGUCGCUACUGGACUGUAUGCGAGGUAACAUGCGCGAUGUGAGCUGCAUUCCGUUCGUGCUACGGUCGCGGCGGGCCUCGCUGGACAGCGUGCGCCUUGCACCAUACAUUGCGCUCGCCAUCGAGUUCCUUUGCUCGCCAGCCGCGCGCCCGCGCUACGGAAAUGGCCUCAUGAAAGACCUGGUGUUCUUGGCGCUGCUGACAGCGGGGACGCCCGCCUUUGCGACCGUCGACGCCAAAGUUCGAAUGUGCUACCGAGACGACGUCUCGUUCCAGACGUUUUGUGCCAUGCUCGUCGAAGAAACGACAAGCACUAUGGAAGUUCUCGUUUUGGAAGAGUACAUGCGCUUAGCGGACGACGAGUCGGAAGGCGAAAUGUCGUCUUAA